CUCAGACAAACCAACAUUCAAUUGCACAACGCGAUGGCGGACUUUCAGAAGACUCCCUUUGUGAGGGACCUCGCCUCGAGCGACCGCAAAGUCCGCGACAAGGCCGUCGAGUCGCUCACACUGUUCCUGCGCUCGCGCAACGACUUGACCCUCGUCGAACUCCUCAAGCUCUGGAAGGGCCUUUUCUUCUGUUUUUACCACUCCGACCGACCGCUGACACAACAAGCGCUCGCCCGCACACUCUCCUACUCCCUCGUCCCGUCUCUCCCGCAAGCCACCGUCCACCGCUUCCUGCGCGCAUUCUGGAUCACUAUCGGCCGGGACUAUCACUCUCUGGACCGCCUGCGUCUGGACAAGUAUCUGCUCCUGAUCCGUUGCUAUGUCGGUGUUGCAUUUGAAAUCUUCGUGAAGGGGAACAAGACGCAAAAGAGUGAAGACGGCAAGAAGCGCAAGCGCGAGGACGCUAAAGGCGGCCGUGGCAAGAAGCAGAAGAAGCAGAAGGAGGUCGAGGCACCUGCUGAGGAGGAGACUGGUGAUUCUGAUGGCAAGUGGGCCAAUCUGGAGGCUUACAUCUCUAUUAUUGAAGAGGGCCCGCUCUGCCCUAUGAACUUUGAUCCUGAUCAGCCUUCGAAGCCUGAGGUUGAUGAGGGGAACCCAAAUUUCGUUCCCAUGCCUCACGGUCCUGAUGGGCUGCGCUAUCACCUUGUUGAUAUCUGGGUUGACGAGUUGGAGAAGGUCCUGGAGUUUGACGAGGAUGAGGAAUCGAACCGGAAGAUCUUGGGCGACGUGCCCAUGGAGCUUAUCCUGCGGCCAUUGGAGAAGCUGCGCACAGAGAGCCCCUACAAGCCCGUCAGGACGAGAGCUGCGGAGGCGCUGGAUGAUGACCGGCUGGUUGAGUGGGGUAUUCGGGAACGCAAGAACGAGGAAGAAGAGGUGGACAGCGACGGCGAGUGGGGUGGUUUCGAUGAAUGA